AUGAAGCGGGGCAAACGCAUUUCCGUUGCACUUGCCUCGACCUUCCUCAGCCUCUUCACUGUCUCUCAGGUCUACCAACAUACCCACGAGCAGGGCGGCUCUGAGGGAUUGGAGGAAGCCGAAUGGAUCGCCAGCUCGCGGUCGUGGAUCGACAGGAAGACCUGCCAGUGGUUUGGUUUCUGCGGCAUAUCGCAUCUGGACCGCUCCAAAUGGGUGAGCAAGUCUUACAGGAAGGCCGGUGACGGAGCUCAGGAAGCUCUCACCGACGACCAUAUCUUUGAUUUCAGCGAGUUCUGGACGAGCGGCAAGUCGAGGCCCGAAGAUUGGUCCAAUGAUGAGCGCGCUCUCCGAGAGAUACCCCAAUACGUGCUGAAUCACGCACCGUUGAUGCACCUGUUCUCUGGUGAAAAGUUUUGGCCGUGUGACAUCGCCGACCACCUCAUUCACACAACACCGCACCUCAAUUACACUCCGAUUCAGGCCAAAUCGGACCACCCAAAUCUUACCAACCUCGACGAACUCAAUGAGUUCGGCUACUCUGUGUAUCUUCAGAGCGAUGACAACGUCGAGGAACGCCCAGCGUGGCUUGGUGGCGAAGCCAAUGUUCCCACAAAGUCAGCUGGAGAUUAUGAAGACGACGACUGGGAGUCCGACCCAGAUGAGGACGGUUACCUCACGGAUGAGGAGGAUAUUUCAUGGUACGAAGCUGGCAUCGGUGACUUCAAGGAGAAGGGCGGCGAACGUCCUGAUCCCACGUCCCCUCACGACGCUACGCCCACAGAUACGCCCGAGGGAGAAGAGGUCGUCUAUGAAGACGGAUACGAAGCACCGGUCUACCGUGAACCUCGCAUGGUUCGACGCACGUUGGACUGGUCUGCAGGAAAAAAGCACGGCAGUCCCGGUGGCCGCAGCGACGCUCCCGCCGUUUUGAUUGUGAUUGACAAAGGGGACGGUAUCAUCGACGCGUUUUGGUUCUAUUUUUACAGCUACAAUCUCGGCAAUGUUGUGCUCAACGUGCGCUUCGGAAACCAUGUUGGUGAUUGGGAGCACAGUGUUGUGCGCUUCCAACACGGAAAGCCGAAGGCGGUGUUCUUUAGUGAGCACAGCUUUGGCGAGGCGUACGCUUGGGACGCGGUUGAGAAGAUUGGCAAAAGACCUGUCGGCUACAUUGCGACUGGCACUCAUGCCAUGUACGCCACCCCGGGCACCCACUCCUACAUCCUGCCUUGGGGUCUUCUCCAUGACAUCACCGACCGUGGCCCGCUUUGGGACCCGGUGUUGAAUGUCCACAGUUAUACCUACGACUAUCAAAAUGACACUCUGAGGUCAUCCACGAGGACGCCGCACGCGCCAGUCGAGUGGUUUUACUUCAUGGGCCAUUGGGGUGAUAAGUUCUACCCUCUCUCUGACCCUCGUCAAUACCGUUUUGCGGGCCAGUACCACUAUGUCAAUGGCCCAUAUGGGCCGAGAUUCAAGAAUCUAGGCCGGAAGAAGGUCUGCCAGGGGAACGGAGAUUGUAUAAUCAAAGAAUUCCUCGCCGCAGCCCGUGCGAAGAGGUGGACAGGCGCUGGUGAGGGGGAGGAUAUCAGUCCUGAGGAUGCCGCUCGGUUUGGCCUGAACUAA